GGCGCAUCUGGGCCUUUCCCUCAAACUAGCGAAGUUUAAGAUGAUCUUGGAGUUUACCAAGAGGAAUGGAGUCUAGUGAGUGUGAAAAUGUGUCAAAAGAAAAGGAAGCAUUUGAAGAAGAAGAGUUUGAAGCUAGUGCUAUGGAUUCUCUGAUAGACAUGCCAUUUGCCACCGUAGAUAUUCAAGAUGAGUGUGCAAUCACUGAUGUACCUCACAUAAAUUUGGAGAGAAGUAAAGAAAAUGAACGGAUCAGUAAAGAUCAGAUAAAGAAGAAGAAAAAAAAGCAAAAAGAUUAUCAACCCAACUAUUUCCUAUCCAUUCCGAUCACCAACAAAGAGAUUACAAGAGGAAUUAAGAUCCUACAAAAUGCAAUAAUACAACAAGACAAACAACUGGCCAAAGCAAUGAUCAGUGAUGGCUCCUUUCAUAUUACCCUGCUAGUGAUGCAGUUAUUAAAUGAAGAGGAAGUAAACAUUGGUAUUGGUGCUCUUUUGGAAUUAAAACCAUUCAUAGAAGAAAUCCUCCAAGGAAAACAGUUGAUUUUGCCUUUUCAAGGGAUUGACACUUUUGGAAAUCAGGUUGGAUUUGUGAAGCUGGCAGAAGGAGAUCACAUAAACCCACUUUUGGAGAUAGCAGAGACUGCAAAAAGGACGUUUCAAGAAAAGGGCAUCUUGGCAGGAGAAAACAGGGGUUUUAAGCCUCAUUUGACUUUUAUGAAAUUGUCCAAAGCACCAUGGCUCCGGAAGAAGGGAGUGAAAAAAAUAGACCCCGAAUUCUAUGAAAAAUUUAUCAGUCACAGAUUUGGAGAAGAAAUGGUACAUCGCAUAGAUCUUUGCUCCAUGCUAAAGAAAAAACAAAGUAAUGGUUAUUAUCACUGUGAGUCUUCAAUUGUGAUUGAAAACAUUUUCUCCAGUGAGGACCUGUAUGAACGCACCAUUCCACACAAGGCAUUUUCAUGUUUGCUGCUUUUAAUUAGGAAUAGAAUAUUCCAGGUCAGAACGUUUCAUUCUGAGAAGAUAAAGUCUAGGUGGCCUGCAAAGAUUGAAAACGUGUUCUUCAAUUUCUUCCCCAAAGGAAACAUGUUUUGUGGGGAAACAGAUUCACGCAUGAAUACUUCUCUCAUCUUAUCAGGGAGAUGGCAUGUGAUUAAGACAGACUCAUACACAAUUACGUUUCCAAGUGAAAAAUGUAUAAACCAAAUGAAGAUUUUUUUUUUUAAGCCAGAGCAGGGCUGUUCUGCAGUGUGAAUGUAUUCAAAGGAAUUUGUUCACAUGUGAUUCACAUGUGCUAUUUCAAAUCCAGGCAUCAUUCUUAUAAAAUGGUGAACUUCAAGACAACCUGAUUUGUAUACUUUUGAAGUAACAUGAAAAUAUUCGAAGAAGAUAAAUACCCAUAUCUAAAUAUUUCAAGGUCUUCAACCAAGAUAAUUUCUCUCCACAUCAGCUUGAAGAAAACCCAUGGAAGUAUACAUCCUAAAAGAAUCUUAAUACUGAAGUCUUUUUAAUGCAUUAAGGAAAUGUUCCAGAGGCACAAUUUUAUUUCCAAAUUCUCACUAGGUAUCUUCAGAGUGGUCGUCAUCUUAUCUUCCAAAGAUCUUAGCUAUCUUAAACAGGAGGUAUUCAAUAUGUCGUUUGAAUUUAUGUUCUGAAACAUUUCAAGUCGAUUUUUAAGGAAGACUUUUGUGUUUUCAGGAGUUUUGCUGGAGUGCUGUCUUCCAUGAAGUUUUGAUGAGGGCUAAACAUUUCCUUUUAAGUUCAUUGCAAAUGGCAAAUGUACAGUUUUCUUGUGGAACACAGAUUUUGGCCAACUUGCCAUAUCUUCUCUGUGAUUACUUUAAGCCAACGUUGAAGGAGAGCUCAGUGCUUCAUUGCCUCUCCCACUCCCAUUUAAAAAGCAAACAAACCCCCCUGAGCAAUCUAGAAUUUCCUGAAGAUACUGUGGGGUUGGCAUGUAUCACUGACAUUGCCAUUAGACAGCUGUGUUCAGCUCAUCCCAAAUCACAAUACAUCAACCAUUGAAUUUUUAAUUUUAUUGCUCUUUUCAGCUUAGUCUUCAAAACUCCCCUUAUUCCAGGCAAUAUCUCUAGAUUUUCCCCUCAGGCUUCUUUAUCUCUCAUCUUUUUCUAACUCAAAGCAAUUUAGCUUCUUCUAAGCUCCACCAAUCUUGUAUCCCCAUACUGAUCAUUUAACAUUUAUUUUAAAAAGUGGAUUUUGCCUAUUACAAAUACUCUACCUUUUCCAUCACAUUUUGUGAUGCCAAAAUGAACUUUAAAAUUAUAUCUGCC